GCCCACAGUUAUUGCUCAGACUCUUUUUAAAAACUAUACAUCAUGAAGAAUAUAUACCUAGCUGUUAUUCUCGCCUUGGCCUGGGCUGCUAACUCCUGUUUAGCCAAAAAGUACACUCGUUGCUCUUUUAUACGAGAAAUGUCUAGUUUGGGAGUACCAAAGGAUGAUUUAGCACGUUGGGCCUGCAUUGCCAGGCAUGAAUCUUCAUUUGAUACCACUGUUAUAAAGGCGCAAAACAGUCCAAAGGAUAGCCAAGAUUAUGGUGUUUUCCAAAUAAAUGAUAAAUAUUGGUGUAAACCUUCUAGCGGACACUUCUCCUAUAAUAUGUGUAAAGUCAGUUGCAAUGAUUUAUUAAGUGAUGAUAUAAAUGCCUCAAUGACUUGUGCCCUGAAAGUGUUGGGACAGCAGGGAUGGUCGGCUUGGCCUUCUUUAAGUGAGUGUGAAGGUGAUUUGCCUUACAUUAAACGUAAAUGUUUGAGUUGAAGUGAAACGUAUAAUUGAAAAGUUAAAAGUUAAACUAUGAAUGAAAUUUUAACAAAUAAAAUAUUCUUAAGAAAAUCAC